UUAAGUUGUGAGGACCAUGAGGGCAGAGACUAUGCCUCAAUUUGCCUUCUUUUCUCCAACACAGUGCUUAGCACAGAUUUCAUUCUUCCUAAUUAUAUGUUCAACAAAUGGAUUAAUGAACUGUAUUUUUCUCAAAUUUGUGAUUUUCUAUGAGGCCUAACAGAGUGUUUAGCAAAUGAAGUGUCUACGGGUGACUAAUAAUUAGUCCCACUGACCAGCAAGGACUCUUUCCCCAACAAUAUUAGCUAUCUCAGGGUUUAGUAAGCUAGGUAGAGAGGUAGCUGAACUUUGGAGUCAAAGGUGGUGGAUAAAGAUGAUCACUACACACAGUAAAUUCAUUAGUAAUCUGGACUCUUCUCCCUUUCAUAGUGAAGGAGUCAUGAAGGAAGAAAACCAGUCGUCUACCAUGGGUUUCAUUCUCCUGGGAAUUAUCGGUCAGCAACAGCAGGAAGACGUCUUCUUCAUCCUCUUCCUGUUUAUUUACCUCAUCACACUGAUUGGAAAUCUGCUCAUUGUCUUGGUCAUUCGUUCCGACAUUCGCCUUCACAACCCCAUGUACUUUUUCCUUGCUAAUCUCUCCUUUGUUGACAUCCUCUUCUCGUCUGUAACCGUUCCUAAAAUGCUAUCAAACCAUUUCUCGGGCAGCAAAGCUGUUUCCUUUGGAGGAUGCAUAACACAGAUGUAUUUCAUGAUUGACUUGGCUACCACAGAUAGCUACAUCUUGGCUGUGAUGGCAUAUGAUCGUGCUGUAGCCAUCAGCCGCCCUCUUCAUUACACAACAAUUAUGAGCCCGAUGACUUGCUUUCUGCUUGUUGUUGGGUCUUGGGUGAUUGCAAACGCCAACACCCUCCCCCACAUUCUGCUCACAGCUAGUCUGUCCUUCUGUGGCAACCAGGAAGUGGCCAACUUCUACUGUGACAUUUCCUCUUUGCUCAAGUUGUCCUGUUCUGACAUCCACUUUAACGUGAAAAUGAUGUACCUAGGGCUUGGUAUUUUCUGUGUGCCAUUAAUAUGUAUCAUUAUCUCCUAUAUUUGGGUCUUUUCCACCGUCUUACGGGUUCCAUCCACCAAGGGUGUGCUCAAAGCCUUUUCUACCUGUGCCUCCCACCUCACAGUUGUUUCUUUGUAUUAUGGGACAGUGAUGGGCAUGUAUUUCCGUCCUCUGACCAGUUACAGCCUAAAGGAUGCAGUGAUAACUAUGAUGUACACAGCAGUGACCCCAAUGUUAAAUCCUUUCAUCUAUAGUCUGAGAAACCGGGACGUGAAGGCUGCCUUGGGGAAACUCUUCAGCAAGACAAUUUCCUCAUAACCAAUGUGAGGUCAUACACUGGGGAUGGCAGUCACCAUUAAGGAUGCACAUAGAGUGCAGCCAGCCUCAAUGUCAUCCCCCUCCAAGAAACCAUCGCUGAUCUUUGCAGCCAGAAAAUUCCUCUUCUCAAAAAUCUUGUAAUUGUUUGAUGAGACAUCUUACUGACACGUUGUACACAUUGUUGCUCCUUUGGCAGAGUGGCAGUACACAAAUACUGGGUUCAUGUCCCAGUUAUGCUACUGACUAGCAUAGUAAAGUUAAGAAAGUUUGAACCUAGGAUCCCACAUCUA